AUGUCUACACUUGAGGAACAGGAAAGUGAAAUAGAAGUACUGCGAUCCAUCUAUGAGGCCAACUUCCGUGUGCUUUCUUCCAAGCCUCCUCAUCAUUUUGAAAUCGACCUCCGCGGACAUGCAGCCGACAGUCCUGACACAGCAGUUUCAUGUACUCUCUACUUUAGAUACUCUCCCAAUUAUCCCACAGAAGCCCCUCUCUUCGAGAUUCGCAACCACAAGGGCCUCUCUGACGAGCAGAAUAUGGAUCUAGUAGUGCUUGUUUCUGACACCAUCAAGCGCUCCAUUGGAAUGGUAAUGAUAUUCGACAUUGUGUCCAAUGUGCAGCAAAAGCUGGAUGAGUUCACUGAUCUGUUGAUCGCUGAGGUGAAGGCGCGUAAGGAGAAGCAGACGAAAAUCAGAUCUCUUGCUGACGCAGAGAGGGAACAAGAAGUAGAAAAGCGUCUUGCUUCUGGAACUCAUGUUACAAUUGAGUCAUUUAACGUCUGGAAUAAAGCUUUCCUAGCAGAGCUGGCGAAGGCCAAGGAGACGGAAGAAGCCAAGGCUAAGAAGCUGGGUGUCUGUGGUGGAGGUGGGCAGAAUAUAGAACUUACAAAGCGGAUCACGGGUCGUGAGAUGUUUCUUCGUGACAAUCAGUUUGAUGAAUCAGAUUUGACCUUCCUGGCUCAGGAGGGUGGUGAAAUCGUGGAAGUGGACGAGAAGCUGUUUACAGAAAUAGGUGACAUCGAUAUAUCCGAUGUCGAAGAGUCUUGA